UAGAACCCCGACCAGAAAGGUAACCCACGAUGCGCUCUUCGAAGUGGCUGCUAUCGCUGGUGAUGCUGCUCACCUGCCAGCUGUUCCUUGUGCGGCAGGUGAAGGCUGAAGAGAGCCACUGCACCUCGGUGGCGGGAAUGGUCAAACUGCUAGGCCUGGAGGCGCAGCUUAUCGAUAACUUAGAGGAGUAUGCCGUAGAGCUGGAGAAAAAGCUGGAGAUCGUGAGAAGGAGCAUAGCCAGCCUGCGUUUGGAGAACGACAGAGCCCGCGGCUCCACGGAGGAGUAUCUUUCCAACCCGCUGAACUCGUUUUCUCUCAUUCGCCGCAUGAAUCGUGACUGGCUGAUAUGGCAGCUUUUCAUGGACGAUCCUGUGGGUCUAACCCAGGUGGAGAAGGUGCAAGAACUUAGGGAACACAUGCCCACCCACACGGAUGUGGAGGAGGCUGUGACCGCCUUGGAUCGUAUUCAGAACACCUACGGCCUCCAAGUGGCUCACAUAGCCCAUGGCCUUCUCAAUGGAAAGCAGUACAAUGUGAGUUUCACAGCACUGGACACCUAUGCCAUGGGUCAAAUACUCUUCGACCAGGAAAACUAUUUGGCAGCGGCCGGCUGGCUUUACCAGACCAUUGUCUGGAUGGCGGCCUUUAAGCUGGCUGCUCCACUGGAGCUUUCCAAGAACGAAGUGAGAAUGGUCUACGCAGAAACCCUGCUGAAACUGAACCGGAAAGCAGAUGCCCUGAAAGUUGUCAACAUUGCACUGGCUGAUAGGCCCGAUGAUAUUAAACUGCUGCUGAAGAAAUCGGAAAUCGAAACGAUGAUAAGGACGGGCACCAACAAUGCGCCUGAUGUGAAGGUUCAGGGAGCGGGGAAGCCGAAUGCCUACCAGAUGGGUUGCCGGGGUCAGUUCCCAGCGUCCACCGAUGGCAGGCUCCACUGUCGAUACAAUGGAACCACCUCGCCCUUCCUGAUCCUUGCCCCCUUCAAGAUGGAAGUGGUGGGUCUGGAUCCCUACAUGGUGCUCUACCACGACGUGCUCUCAGCGAAGGAAAUCGAAGAGCUUCAGGGAAUGGCCACUCCUGGUCUGAAGAGGGCCACUGUUUUUCAGGCCGCCUCCGGUCGAAAUGAAGUGGUCAAGACCAGAACCUCCAAGGUGGCCUGGUUCCCGGAUUCCUUCAGCCCUCUCACCCUUCGACUAAACACCCGCAUCGCCGAUUUGACCGGGUUCAAUCUGUACGGCUCCGAAAUGCUCCAGCUGAUGAACUACGGACUAGGUGGCCACUACGACAAGCACUACGACUUCUUCAAUCAGACUAGCUCCAAUCUGACUGCAAUGAAUGGCGAUCGUAUUGCGACCGUACUCUUCUAUCUGACGGAUGUAGAACAGGGAGGGGCCACCGUGUUCCCUAACAUUCAAAAGGCUAUAUUUCCCCAACGCGGAUCGGUCAUAAUUUGGUACAAUCUCAGGGACGACGGUCAACCCGACACCAAAACUCUUCAUGCCGCCUGCCCGGUUAUAGUGGGAUCAAAAUGGGUGUGCAACAAGUGGAUCCGAGAGCGCGAACAGGUAUUCAGAAGACCUUGCCUUAAAAGGUGAAUGUGAUUCUCAACUAAACAUAGUCAAGUGAUAUUAUACGCCCACCAUGAAACUCAAUAAAGUCAAGUAAAAAUCGA